AUGGGGCAGUCCAAGACAAAACUGCACAUCGUCACGUGUGGCCUCGACAACAGCGGAAAGACGACGAUCAUCAACCAGCUGAAGCCGACGGCGCUGCGGAGCGAGCACAUCUCCGCCACCGUGGGGUACAACGUGGAGACGUUCGAGAAGGGUAGGGCGAAGUUCACUGUGUUCGACAUGGGCGGCGCGAAGAAGUUUCGUGGCCUGUGGGAGAGCUACUACGAGAACAUUAAUGGCGUCAUCUUCGUCGUAGACAGCAGCGAUGAGCUGCGGAUGUGUGUCGUGAAGGAGGAGAUCGAGCUGAUGCUGCAGCACCCCGACAUUGCGCGGGAGCUGCCGGGCCGAAAGGGAGCAAAGAUACCGUUCCUGAUCUACGCAAACAAGAUGGACCUGCCGAACGCCAAGUCGGCAGCGGAGCUCGUCGAUAUGCUCGAGCUCACCACCCUCAUGGCGGACAGGCCGUUCAACAUAUUCGCUUCCAAUGCGGUGAAGGGGACGGGCGUCAGUGACGGCUUCGACUGGCUGCAAAGGAUGUUGCUGCAGCAGAACAGCAGCGGCGGCGGUAAAGCCUCGGGAAAGAGGAAAUAA